AUGCCCAGGUCGACCCCCGGUGUUGGAGGCAACAGUGUUCCAUCGUCGACGACGCCGCCAAAUUCGAUUUCAACUGAAGCAUCGAUGUCCUCGACAUCCCCAGAAAAUAGUCUGAAUGCAACGAAGUCCCAACCAACUCAACCAAUACCCAAGAAAUCCCAGCAGAUCAAGACAGAUAAACCCCGUCCUCACUCGUGCACGGUGUGCACUCGUGCUUUUGCCCGGUUGGAGCAUUUGAAACGUCAUGAACGGUCUCAUACUAAUGAAAAACCUUUCCAAUGUGCCAGUUGUGGUCGUUGUUUUGCUAGAAGAGAUUUGGUGUUACGACACCAACAGAAACUUCAUGCUACUUUGAUGAGAUCCAAUUCAGUCAAGGAUUUGGAUACUAAUUCAAAUAAUGAACAUAUCAUUAUUUUACAUAAUAAUACUAAUGCCAAUGCUCCGUUACCGGAUAAUUCAAAUUUAUCCAAAAUUAAAAAUGAAUCUUUAUCAAAUGUUAGUUCCCCCACCGAAACCCAAUUGUUUUCUCCAAAUGAUAGCUCUAGUGCAAGUGGUACUAAUGAAAUACCUCCGCAAUUCAAAACUGGGUUAUUUAAUUAUGCUGCUUCUCCUGCUUUACCUGACCAGUCUCCUCCAAAUCAAAGAAAAAGAAAAUUGAGUAACCAUGCCGUGGGCUCGAUUCCUCUGCCCAUUCAAACCACUUCUUCGCUUAACACUCCUCCUACUUUGGCUAACCAACUGCUGCAAUCUCAUUCUGGUUCUCCUCGUCGGGGUUCUAAUCGAUCAAGAUCUCAACUGAGCCAUCCUUCAGUCUCCUCUAAUCCCCCUCGCUCUGUUUCGCAAUCUCAACCCAUGUCUAUUCCUCUUCACUUGCGUCAAAGUGACUUUAAACAGCCGGUUCAUCAGUAUCAACAGCAGCAGCAACAGAAACAGCAGCAGCAGCAGCAACAGCAACAAAAACAACAAAAACAACAUGAUGAAGAGGAUCAUCAUCAUCAUCGUCAUGCUUCGUUUUCUGCUGCCUCUGCAAUCUCCUAUACCAAUAUUAGAGACGCCUUGAGCAUUCAACAAAAUAAUAAUCUUCUGGAAGCUCCUUUACAAGUUGAAUUUGCUACUCCUCAACUCCUGGCGGCAGACUUAAGUGCAAGAGGCUUAUUAAGUGGUGUUGACUUGACUAAUUUGGGUAUAGAUUGGAAUAAUAUCGAAUCUUUGGAUUUGAACACUCCUGCAAUCAAUUCGGAUCCGAAUCAUUCUAAAAAUCAAUACUUUGAUCAAAAUGUUAUGGCUUCUCAUCAAUUUUCAAAUCCUAAUCAUCCUCAUCAUAUCCGUGGUACGACUCCUUUUGACUUGGGAUUAAACCCUCCAACCAAUGAUUUAUCUUUGGUUCAACAAAUUUUACAAAUGGGUACUGGUGGUACUGGCGGUUCUGGUGGAACUGGUUAUGACGAUUUAUCAAACGACGCUUUUGAGUUGAAUCAUAAUGCUUUAUUGGCUAGACAAAAGAAAUCAAAAUCUUUAUUGAAAAAGGCAAAAUUAUCUGAUCAACAAAAUAAUGAUCAAAUAACUAAUCAACAAGAUGUUGAUUGGUUACAAGAAAUUAUUAAUACUCCAUAUGAAGCAAAGUUUCCAAACGCAUCUCAUCAUAUUGGAUUUACUGAAAGCCCCUUAAGUGAUACUUCUCCAAAACAAAUUGAUGAAAUCCUGUCACUUUUUAGAUCAAGACAAAUUGAUUUGGUUAAACAAAUGAAUCCAAUCAUGCCAAAUUUGGAUUUAUCAAUGGUUCAACCAAUUAAAAAUGAAGUUCAACCAAAAAUUGAUAUAAAUGAUUCGAAAUUAAAAGACAUUUCAAAAAGUUUUUUCAAUGAUGAUUUAAGAAAUAAAAUUAUUAAAGAUUCAAACUUGAAUGAUUCUCAAUUCCCUCCCUUGUCGGAUUUGGAUGCUUAUAUGACAUUAUAUGAAAAGGAAUUUAAUAAAUUUUUCCCCUUUAUCCAUUUACCUUCUUUAAAAAAUCCAAUGGUUGAAAAUCUUGAAAGUAUCCCGUUAUUAUUAUCAAUGGCUGCCAUCGGUGCUUUGUAUUCUUAUCAUGAUUCAAAUACUUUACUAUUAUUCAAUUUAUCAAAAUAUCACAUACAACAUUUUUUCGAAAAAGAAAUUACUAUGGAUAAUUUACAAUUUAAAAAGGUUCCUUUAAUGGCUCAUCAAUGUCUUGUUCUUCAUAUUUUUAUUUCCAUGUUUUUGAAUGAGCCAAAUAUGGUUGACAUUACUGCUAGACAAUUAAAAUCAAUGGUUGGUUUGAUAAGAUCAACUAAUUUCAAUAAACCUUUGGAACAAUUCAUUGUACCUCCAUCAACUUUAGUUGAUUCAAAUGAUAUGAAUAUGAUUCAAAAUAAUUUUGAUUAUUUUAUCAUGUCACAAUCAAGAAUUAGAACUAUUCAUUGUUUUUAUAUGUUACAAGUUUUUAGAACUACUUUAACUGGUUUACAAGUUCCUUUAUUACUGAAUUCUAUUAAUUGUGGUACUCAUUGUUCAAAUGAAAACUUAUGGCGUUGUGAAGAUGCUGGUAAAUGGAUUAAUGAAUUAAAAGUUCAUGGUCAAAAUCAAGCAUUGAUUGAUAUUAGUAAUAAUCAAUCAAUGAAUACAUUAAUUGCAUUAUUAGAAAAUCAUUAUUUUUAUGAUUCAAAACCAAUGUCUUUUAAUAAUUGCUUAUCAUUAUUAAUGUAUAUUCAUGAACAAAUAUCGAUUGAAUAUUCAAAUCAUAAAGAUGCAAAUAAUCAAACCAAUUUAUUAAAUUGGAGAUUAGAAGCAAGGCCAAAAUUGAAAAAAUUGAUAAAAUCCUGGGAAUCCUUUUUCAUUAAAAAUGGAGGCUUUUUAAUUGUCAACGAUUAUAAUGAACAUUUAUUAAAUCUUCAUAAUGAAUUCAAAUUGAUUUUACCCCUUCUUUUAUUCGCCAAAAUAAGACUUUGCAUUAAUAUUAACCCAUUGAUGGAUAGAGUCUUAUAUAAAGAUUGGAACGGUAUGAAUGAUGAAUUGAAAAAAUUAGAUAAUGAUGAAGAAGGAUUAAAAGAAAGUAUUGGAUAUGCAGUUGAAAUCAUUAAUAUUUGGAUUCAUAAUAUCUCAGUCAUUAAUGAUUCAAGAGAAACCUCUUUGAGAACUCCAGUGUUUUUCGUUACUUGCGUAUUCGUUUCAAUAUUAAUCAUUUCAAAGUAUUUGGACUCAAUUGAAAAUACCGAUAAAGAUUUAACCAUAUUUGAUAAAGUUUACUGGCUGAAUUGCGAUGAAAUUUUUUAUAAAAUUGAAACUAAUUUGAGUCCUAUCAACGAAUCCAAUUCUUACAGUGAUUUCUUACGCCGUCAAUCAAACGGAGUAUUUGAUUCGAUCAGCAGUGAAUCAUUCAAAGAAUCGGCUAAGAUGAUCAAGACUCUUAUCGAGUCAAACACUGCAAGCUCAAAAGCUAUAGUCACCGCUAUGAAAAAUUAUAGAUUGGCCACCAGAUCUUUAUACAUGGGGGUUAGAAUCUUGGCUGAUGCUCCAGUCUGGCCAUUGGCUAUGGGAUUCGCCGAAGCCUUGAAAAACAGGGCUACUUAUAUUAGUUCCUAA